AUGAAUACAUUCUUUCUUUCCUUGCUAAGUGGCGCUGCUGCUGGUACCUCUACUGAUUUGGUUUUUUUUCCUAUAGAUACAAUUAAAACCAGACUUCAAGCAAAAGGUGGGUUCUUUGCUAAUGGGGGGUAUAAAGGCAUAUAUCGUGGUUUGGGAAGUGCUGUUGUAGCAUCGGCGCCGGGUGCUUCACUUUUUUUUAUUAGUUAUGAUUAUAUGAAAGUGAAAUCAAGGCCAUAUAUCAGCAAACUCUACCCACAGGGAUCUGAGCAAUUGAUUGAUACAACUACGCACAUGCUUUCCUCUUCUAUUGGUGAAAUCUGUGCAUGUCUUAUUCGCGUCCCCGCUGAAGUCGUUAAGCAAAGGACGCAAGUCCAUUCCACAAAUUCUUCCUGGCAGACUUUACAGUCAAUCUUACGAAAUGACAAUAAGGAAGGUUUAAGGAAAAAUCUUUAUAGAGGAUGGUCUACCACUAUUAUGAGGGAAAUACCGUUUACUUGUAUACAAUUUCCCUUAUACGAGUAUCUAAAAAAGACUUGGGCCAAAGCCAAUGACCAAAACCAAGUGGAGCCAUGGAAGGGGGCUAUCUGUGGUUCCAUUGCGGGUGGAAUUGCGGCAGCUACAACAACACCAUUGGAUUUCUUGAAAACUAGAUUAAUGCUCAACAGAACAACUGCCUCCCUUGGAAGCGUAAUUAUCAGGAUUUACAGAGAAGAAGGCCCAGCUGUAUUUUUUAGUGGAGUGGGGCCCCGGACAAUGUGGAUCAGUGCAGGUGGUGCUAUCUUCCUAGGUAUGUAUGAAACUGUCCAUUCGUUGCUAUCAAAAGGUUUCCCAACAGGCGAAGAAAUGAAAGCGUAA